AUCAAUCAAAUAUAGAUUUGGAGGAGGAGAUUGGGGAAUCCAAUUCAAACCCCAAUUCCCCAAUUUCAUUAAAUUAGGGUUUUCACCAUUGGAGAAUGGAGGCAACUCCUCAUUCCUGAUAGCUAGCUGAAUUGGAGUGAAAUGCAGCAACUUGAUCUAGUGAAGGAGAAGCCUGUUUCUCUGAAUAUGGGAGAAGUGAACUUUUCCCAAGCUGAGGAUGUAAGGUUGGAGACUACACGGGCAAGAUUUUCAAGUCUUCUUAAGAGGCAUGCAGAAUUAACAGAGCGGCUUUCUAGGGAUUCUGACAAAUCUGUAUUUGAACGUUUGCAAAGAGAAUUUGAAGCUGCACAUGCUUCUCAAACUCAAGAAAUAUGUUUGGAUGGUGAGCAAUGGAAUGAUGGGUUAUUAGCCACAAUAAGAGAGCGGGUUCACAUGGAGGCUGAAAGAAAGGCAAUGCUACUGCAAGGGGAUGCCGCUGCAAUGCCCAAUUUACCUUUUCAUGAAAAAAUAACUUACAGAGUUGGAAAUAAAAUGAUCUGUUGUUUAGAUGGACCAAGGAUUGGAAUUCAAUAUGAGACCUCAUUUGCUGGAGAACCUUGUGAGCUGUUCCAUUGUGUUCUUGAAAGUAAAUCGUUUCUUGAGAAAAUGACAGUUCUUGAGCACACCAUUCCAUUUUUCUUGCCGAUACGUGAUGCAGAGAAUGAUUAUCUCUCUUCAAAUGCAAUGAAGUUCAUAGAUUAUGUUGGAGACUUGCUGCAGGCCUAUGUUGAUAGACGAGAGCAGGUUCGCCUUAUUAAAGAGUUGUAUGGAAAUCAAAUAGGAGAACUUUAUUGCAGCCUUCCAUAUCAUAUGAUUGAAUUUGUGCUAGCAGAUUUCGAUUGCAAGGUGAUAGUGAGCAUUAGAUAUGGGGAACUCGUCUCUACGCUUCCGUCAACUAUCAGUGUCCUGGCUUGGCCGAUGCACCAACACAAGAAACUCCGGACUGCUGUAGUGCCAACCAACAGGAAGGAAAGCCACGGCAAUCAACUAGUUCCAGCUCGAUUAGCACACGCCGAGGAUGCAUUACGUUCAAUGAGUCUACCCGAAGGUUGGACGAUUUUUUUGCUUUUUAUCCGCAUAUCCAAGCCACAACAUCUCCUAUUACAUCUACGGGUUAUCACCCGCGUGUCGAUGAAAAUUCUUACCAUUUCCGUAGAUUUUCUUUAAAAAAAGUUCAUUGACACGUGGCUAUGAUCCGUGGAUGCAAUAGAUGAUCCAUCUACGGCACAUGCUCAAUAACACGCCUAAUGCAUAACCGAUCUCCAACUUGUCACAGUUUAGCCACUCAAUUAUGCUUUUUGUUUCUCUUUUCUCCCUCCAGCUUUCGCAGAGAUCGUUCUGAGCAUGCCUAAAGCUCUCAAAGAAGCGUUCCCGGAUCAGAGCACGAGCUCCCGUGUUUCCUCACAAUAGAGGAGGAUGGCAUCAUGCUGCAUAUAUAUAGAGUAAAGAAUGAUACUUGAGCAUCAAAGGUUUGUAUAUUAUGAUGCUUUUCUCACCUUUCUCAGUCAUGGCUGAAAAAAAUUAGAUUGCCUGCUGUUUGCCAUGUCGAAAAAACUACAGUUUUCCGGGGAAGAAAACAGUCGCUCGAGUCGAGCUAUUUUCCGGGAGAGGGGUAUUUUGGUCUUUCUACAUUAAGGGAAGGAUGUUGUGAAUCAUCUAUUGUGUGUAAUGUUGUGCUCCCUUUGUAUAUCAACAUGAUUUUUCUUUCAUCUGUUUAGUUUGUUACUUUGUAUAUCAACAUGAUUUGCUUUCAA